GUGAAAAAUAAGAUAUAUCAUAUUAGAAUUAAGAUUGACUAUCUGGAGAAUUCUAAAAUAAGGAAAUUAUACCAAGCAAUGAAAUACUGAAUAGAGUAAUGUAGUUAAUCUCAUAAUAAGCUAAUACAUUUUAUGAUGGAUGUAAAAUAUUAAUAUUUUAUAAGUAGGGGUAAUUAAUGGUAUAAUGAAGAAGUUUUACGGAUUAAUUAAAGACAUUUUCAGAGGAAUCUAAAUUGUUCCAUAAUAAAUUAUGGUAUAGAAAUAUUAUGGUAAAUUAUUAACAUCUUAAGAUUAGGGUUUGUUUAAACAAAUUGGCAAAACAAGGUGAAGCAAAAAAAGAUUACUCUAGAGAAAUACAUACUAACCAAAUAAUUAUGGUAAUCAUAAAUAUCUUAUAAUAAAGGGUUGAUUAUGAAAUUUUUAGAGGAUUGCAUCAGCAUGCUAGGGUUAAAGAAAUCAUUUAUUUAGCGCUAGAGUAGUUUUUUAUAGCUUUUUCAUACUUCUAAAAUGUAUGAUAAUCAAUAUUUUAAUCGUGGU